AUGGGUCCGGUCAUGCCUCCCAGUAAGAAGCCGGAGGGCUCAGGAAUUAGUGUUCCCAGCGGACUGAGCCAACGUUACCAAGAUAGCGAUUUAUCAAAGGCACUUCACGAUGACGAGGACCUAGAUUUCUCUUUGCCUGCCAUCAGAUUAGAUAAAGGGGCCAUGGAAGAUGAAGAACUAACUAAUUUGAACUGGUUACACGAGAGCAAGAACUUGCUGAAAAGCUUUGGGGACUCGGUGUUAAGGAGCGUUAGCCCCGUUCAGGACAUCGGUGAUGACACGCCGCCGUCUCCUGCCCACUCUGACAUGCCCUAUGAUGCCAAGCAGAACCCCAACUGCAAACCUCCUUAUUCCUUUAGCUGCCUCAUAUUUAUGGCCAUUGAGGACUCGCCAACCAAAAGACUGCCUGUAAAGGAUAUAUACAACUGGAUCUUGGAACACUUUCCGUAUUUUGCAAAUGCACCCACAGGAUGGAAAAAUUCUGUGAGACAUAAUCUAUCCUUGAAUAAGUGUUUUAAGAAAGUGGACAAAGACAGAAGUCAGAGUAUUGGAAAGGGGUCCUUGUGGUGUAUAGACCCAGAAUAUAGACAAAACCUUAUUCAGGCUUUGAAAAAGACACCCUAUCACCCAUACUCGCAUGUGUUCAGUACACCUCCCACAUCUCCUCAGGCAUAUCAAAG